AUGAAUGUCGCGACCAAGACGACGGAGAUAGCUGGACGACUGCGACCUCUCGGGGUGGAUGAACGAGACGACAGAUAUAUUGCGGCCGUCGGAGAGGCAGGAAGUCAAGUCGAGUCCAAGAACUGGCCUGCAUUGCGAUCCGUAUUGUUCCUCCGGCACGUGUGCUUCAGCCCAUCAGCAAACUGCGGGUCAAGGGUCGGGUCGGAGUCAUGGGCCGUGCUGAAGUUUCGGAGGCGGGCCGAGAAAGAAGAGCAGUGGGCAAAGCCCAGAGUGUGGCCUCCGGAUAGGGCCACCAAGUCCUUUGGCGAGAGGCCUCGUUUGGCGAAGCUCUGGAUGAGUUGGGAAGUGUUGAAGAAUGGGGACGGGAGAUUUACCGUCUCGUUUGCUCUGUUCGUGGGAGUCGAGUCCAGCAGUACCGACGCGUCACAUCCCUAA